AUGGCGACGCUAGCAGCUGCACUAGGCCCAGUAAUGGCCGGCAUGUCCAUGGCGAAACCCCGAAGCUUGAACAGAAUUUCAUUGAGGAGCUCAGAAUCGUACCAGGAAAUUGGUUCGCUCGCGUCCCAGUUUAGUGGCGUCAAAAUCUCGACAACCCACUCUCCGAACAUCGCUCCUGUUCCGUUUAUAGUGCCGCCCAGGUCCCUGCGGACUGUUGCUAGUAGGGUUUGCCCUUUCACUGGUAAGAAAUCGAACAAGGCAAACCAGGUUUCUCAUUCGAACCACAAGACGAUUAAGAGACAGUUUGUGAACCUGCAGUACAAGAGAAUGUGGUGGGAAGCCGGUAAACGCUAUGUGAAGCUACGAUUGUCGACCAAAGCUAUAAAGACCAUUGAAAAGAAUGGACUUGACGCAAUGGCUAAGAAGGCCGGAAUUGAUCUCAGUAAAAAGUAA